GGCUCUCGACUCUGCUCUCGGCCUACUCAGGUCGACCCGCGGGCGGGCGGGAAGGCAGUUGCGUCUGAAGUCUGGCAGGAGAGAAGAGAAGUUGGGAUGAGCGGGAAGGAAGGUGCUUCGGUUCAGCCCCGGAGCACGUCUUCAGCCCCAGGGACCAGCUCCGAGGCUGGAUUUUUUAGGCGGAAGUACUCUAGUCCAUGCAUGACCAUGUCACCAUCCAAAGACGUCCUUGUGGGUUCUACAAUAGCCUUGUCCCAUCCUGGUGUCUGUGAAGAACUAAGCAAGUCAUUUGCCUGGAUAAAUAAGAAAAGGAAGAGUGGGCUUUCCAGGCUCUGCAAGAAGAAAACAUCUUUGUCAGAAAAUGGAUGGAGUUCCUUUUGCCUAUCUUCAUUAGCUGCCCAGAACAUCUGUGCUAGCAAGUUUCACAACACUUGGACUCAUUUGGAAAACAAUUCCCUUUCUUGCUCGAUAUGCAGUACCUCUUCAUGUUCUCUCUUAAAUGCUCUGACUUUGGAAGAAUCCAUCCAAGCUCUGGCAACUGCUGUGCGCAACCCAAACAAAGCUGUUUUCACUGUGGAUGUCAGAACAACUGAGAUUCUAGUUGCAAAUGACAAAGCCUGCAAGCUUCUUGGUUACAGUACUCAGGAGGUGAUUGGCCAGAAAUUAUCUCAGAUGAUUUCAAAAUCCAAUUGGGAUAUUAUGGAAGUACUGAAGGAAGAGCACGAUGAUGCUGAAUAUGAAGCAGUAGUUCCCGGAACUGUGGUAGAUGUUAUUUCCCAUAGCAAUGAAAAGAUCCCAGUUUCUGUAUGGAUGAGAAGAAUGAAAACCCAUUGCAGUCAGUACUGUGUGGUGGUUUUGGAGCCUGUGGAAAGACUUUCUGCCUCUGUUUUCUUCACAAGCAGAGGAGAGAUUACUUCCUGUGACCUCCUUUUUGCUCAUCUCUAUGGUUAUGCCUCAUCGGAAGAAGUGGUUGGUCAGUACAUAACAGACAUGAUUCCAUCUGUUCAAAUUCCCAUACCUGGCAAGAAAAUACCAAAGAAUAUCAAAAUUCAGAGAUCUGUUGGCCGAGCAAGAGAGGGGACAACAUUUCCUCUCAGCCUGAAACUGGAAGUUAACUUGCCUGUUGAAGACACCAUCCCUGUACCAGAUAAGCCUGCACCAGUACCUGAUGCUGAAAUUUUAGAAGAUGACACCAGCAUCACCUCCCCUGUAGAUUGUUCUUUCCGUGCUUCCAUCUGGGUGUUCACCACCAUCAGCGGACUAAUCACUGUUCAAGCGGAUGGUACAAUUUAUGGAAUCAACAAUACGUUUUCUCUAAUGCUCUUUGGUUAUGAGAAAAAGGAGCUGCUAGGGAAGAACAUCACAUUCUUGAUUCCUGGUUUUUAUAAGUACAUGGAUAGAGUUGAUGAUUCCUCUUUGCAACUCCCACAAUCUAGAGAAAGUUACGAUGUGGACUCAGAAAAUGUGAGCUCCUCUGGGGGCUUCAAAGGAACCGAAGGCACUUGCCCACUCCUUGCUGGAGAUGUGGCUUUGCUGCAAGAGCAACAGGAUUUAGCAAGGAGUGAUGGAGCAGAACUCUGUACCUGGAAGGAAACCCAGCCAAAGAGUGGGAGUAGUUUGUGUUCUGUUCUGUUAUCCUCCCCAGAGGCAGCUGCAGCACUGAAUGGCAGGGGCUAUACACCUUCCAGCGAUGUGCUGGCCCAUGAGGACGUGCUGCCUUCUGGGAGUCGAUGUGAUGGAGGCUGCGCUGAGACUAUAAAACCUGCUAACUGUCAGCGGUACGAAGUAUGUUCUCCCAAACGGUUUCAUUCAGAACAGUGUGUGUUGAAAGGUAGCACUAAAGUGCGAGGCAGAAACAUUUCCUGGUGCGCAUCUGAGGAAGAAGAUGGGCCAUUGGAUAUGCGUGAUUCUGGUUCACAUGAAAUACUGAAGUGCCAAUCUGCCACUACAAUGAGCAGCGAUGGAGUAGAGUUCCAUACCCAGCUGGACAGAGGGGGUGGCCUACCUUCUGUUGUAUCAUCUCUUCCAGAGUCAGUCACACCAGUGAAUGGCAGGGACUAUGCGUUGGUCCAUAAUGAAGCGCUGCCUUCUGAGAGUUCACAGGAUGGAGGCUGCCCUGAGACAGAGGCUGCAAAACUAAAUGACUGCCAGCAGUGCAAAAUACAUUCUUCGAAACGAUUUCAUUCUGAACCAUGCAUGUUGGAAGGUAGAACUAAACCGAGAGAGAAGAAUCUUGCCAGGUGCACAUCUGAUCUAGUUCAUAAAGAAGAAGAUGACCCUUUGGAGAUACACAGUUCUGGUUCACCACAUGAAAUCAUGAAGUGCCAUUAUGCCACUACUUCUUCAGAAAGAGAGAACUUUUUCAUGGGUGAUCAGACUUCUGUGACAUGCUUCUUAGAAGAGGAUUUAGGGCUUGGGGCAAGUGUGACUUGUGAUGCUGUGCAGGUGUCCUGUGGGACUCCCACACUGGAUGAGCCUAUGUGUAGCAAGCAAGUGCCGUGUUCCAAACACACUCACGGGGUGAUAGAUGAGCUGCCAACAGUAAAUCUGACAAGUAGUAGAAAGAGCUUGAGGUUUGAAAAUACUGAACUAGAAAAUUCAGCAAAGGAUUCAUCAGCCUUGUUACCUGAUGAAAGGAGCAGCAGCCUUCCCAUUCCAGCAGGAUCAUCAAUACCUUGUGAUGUCUCUGCACUGGAGAUUGUGGGUGGUAAGAAGCCAAGUGAUGAGAUUGAUUCUGUUUGCUGUGGUUUGACGGACCUGACAUUGAGGAUUAGUGGAGAGGUGAAUUCAGACUUCUCUGCUCCCUCUAGACCAAUAAAGCUUCCAUUGUUAAAUGAGGAAGAUCUUGAGCGGCCCAUGGACCAGGAAGUUAAUACUUCUGUAAGUGUUCAGAUAGACCCCCUACUGUGCGACGGUUCUCCAAUAGGCCAUCGGAAGGGCUUACUCUCUAGCAAGCAUUCAGGGUGUGUGGAUCUCGACCUCUCUACAUGCUGUGCUUCAGAGGACAAAAGUGUUGCAGAGAGAAUGGGGAAACAUUUAGAAGGAUGUUCACUGCACAGUGAUGUACAGUCCCAGGAAGAUCUCAUGCCGUUAAUGCAGCAGAGCAUGGCACAGUUAACAUCAACUCCUGUGAAACCAGAAGCUGUACAGUCCUCAGCAAUUACUUUGAACAACGAGAUCCUAGAAGGCAACUAUUCGGGUAACUGCUACCACAGAGAUGGUUCUCGACUCGCUAUACUCUUUGAAGUGAAACGUGUGGAACUGCAUGACCCUGCUGCCCUCUUCUGCAUUUGGGUUAUGAGAGACCACUUUCAGAGUCGGAAACAAGCAGCAGCAAAAACACAGUUCUUACUUUCCAGUUUGGCCAGUUCCUCCCCAAACCUAAGUGACGUCUCUGCACUUAGCUUGGCGGAAUUGAUCAAAGCGACCCCUGUGUUUGAGAAUUCACGAAGAGCUGAAGAACUAGAAAGACUGAGGGCUUGCGAGGGAGACUAUGGAAAGAAAUAUGACACACUUACACUCAUUGGCAGAGGAGCGUUUGGAUUUGUUUGGACAGCCAGGUGCAAAAAGGAUUGCAAGGAGGCUGUAGUGAAGUUCAUUUGGAAAGGGAAGGUAUUGGACUACUGCUGGGUAGACGAUCCUGAGCUGGGGAGAGUUACUCAAGAGAUUACAAUUCUGAGAAAGCUGCAGCACCCUAAUAUUAUUAAGGUGCUAGAUGUAUUUGAGAACCAGCAGUUCUUCCAGCUGGUGAUGGAGAGACAUGGGUCAGGCCUGGAUCUCUUCACGUUCAUUGAUAACCAACCUAAUUUGGAUGAGCCUUUGGCAAGUUACAUAUUCAGACAGCUGGUGUCUGCAGUGAACUAUUUGCACUGUAAGAACAUCCUUCACAGAGAUAUCAAGGAUGAGAACAUUAUAAUUGCUGAAGAUUUCACUAUCAAGCUCAUAGACUUUGGCUCAGCUGCUUACCUGGAACCUAACAAGUUGUUCUAUACCUUCUGUGGGACAAUUGAGUACUGCUCACCAGAAGUGCUCUCAGGAAAUCCGUACUUGGGACCAGAACUGGAGAUGUGGUCACUUGGUAUAACUCUUUAUACCAUAGUCUUUGGAGAAAAUCCUUUUUGUGAGCUGGAAGAAACUAUGGAUGCUGUACUAAGACCUCCUUUCAAAGUGUCGGAUGACCUGAUGAAUCUGCUGACUGGGCUCUUGCAGCCUUUUCCAGAGGAUCGUACAACUCUAGAAGUGGUAGUGGAGGAUCCUUGGGUGACACAACCCCUGAACCUUGCUAACUACUCAUGGGAGGGAGUAUAUGUCUCUGUCAAGCCAGAAAACAACCAUUUCAAAAUGAAUUCCUCUGGCUGCAGCCAUGGUAGUAUCUGGGCAGUCCCAAGUCUGGAGAGUGAGCAGAGCCUUAGUGAUGACACCAGUAAUUAUGAGCUGAUGGAUCUCCAGCUGACAGGAGCCACUGCUGCCUCAGGGCAAGAGCCAUCGACCUCUGCAGCUCAAGGGCCAUCUACCUCUGUACUUGCUUGAAGAAUAUUUCCUCACUCACCUGAAAGUCCUUACAAAAAUGCCCUGAGGACGUAGAAUUCUGACAAACAUACUGCCUACGUGAGAUGGAAUACCAGAGUCAGAGCAGUAGCUCACUCCUUUCACUGUGAACUCCUCUGCCACACCCGUAGGCUUCUUAGAGAUGUAUAUGUGGGUACCGGCUUCUCACAAUGCCUAUUCACAAAAAGAUCUAGUGCUCGUAGACUCAAAUGGCGUGCCAAAUAUGCUACAUAGAAUCUAGGAAGCAACCAUGUGAUUCAAACCUAUACAUUGGAUUUUGUGGGAGCAGGCAUUAUAUAAGCGACACCUAUAUUUGAACAUCUGGCAGCCCUGGAGAAGAGACAGCAGGUGCUCAUGGUGGAGGGAAAUAGUCAGGCAACCACAAUCCCACUUACCCCACCCUACAUAGUGGGUAUAUUCAUGUGAGCUGGCCCAUUUGCCAUCAAUAUUGUUUGUUGUAAUUACUCAUCACAACAGAACCUUUACUACAAAAGCUGUAUUGAAUGAUGAACUGAUAGGAACGGAUAGGACUGGUAUUUGAUUUUAGACACUUAGAUGUAGAUGUCCUAUACUCCAGGUAUGUUUGAAGUGUUUGAAAGGGAGGCCACAAGUGGUCUCAUUCUGUUUGAGAUGACUGAUACUAUGAAUUUUAGCCAUGUAUUGGCCAAACUGACAACUGAGUGAGGCUUGCCUAGGGAAGGGUUUCUGAAGAGCUUCUAUUUUCCUCCUUACAAUUUGGAGCAGAUCUACGAUUCAAAGCCAAAACACUUAUCAAUUGGUGCAUACAACACUCCAUGUCUUGGCUUCUUGGAUGACUCUGUUUCUGAGGUUCACAUAUAAACGGUGACAUUUUGUAUCUGGUAGACAUCAGUGGGAGGUCAAAUUUCUUGCUCACCUGAGAAAAGAAAGUUUUUCUACAGCUUUAUUCAGUUAUUGGAUUUGAAACUGAAAUCCUUUCCUUUGUCCAGAAAAAGCUCUAGUCAGAUAUUUCUGGCUGGUUGACAUAGUAAGACACCGAUUCUGCUCAAAGAAUCAGGCAUUAGGUAGUUCAUAUUCAGUAGUCUUUUUAAAAAAAUAUAUGGAUUCUGCUGGUAAUUGGCAAAAUUAUAAUUUUCAUGGAAGCAUUAGCUAUUUUUAUAUAUUCUAAGAACAAAAUAUCUACAUUUUAUAGAUUCUGUUUUGAAAUCUUUUGGGAACAAUUCAUAUUUUUCAAGUGAACUGGGUUCUAGAUUACUUUUCUGUACCAGCUCCAUUUCUGGAUGACCUGACAGGUGAGCACUCUGAAAAGAGUUGGGAAAGUUGUAUUUGGCUCUGGUGCACCUAGAAGGUAGGCACUUCAAUAAUAUAACUAUCUUCAAAUGAUUAUGUAUAGAAUAGGCCCUACUACUUCUACCUUUAUUGGACUGUAAUUUAGAGGUACCUUUUUUGAAGCACACUUCCUAUGCUAGCCUUCAUUUCCUUUAUCUUGAAGGAAGCUAUCAGUUUAUACAGAAGAGAAUACCUAGUCAUGUUAGCGCUCAUUGUGGCAUGAUGCUAGGUAGGUACCUCUAAGACAAUAGUCUAAUUAAUAUAGUCCGGCCCUAAAAUUACAUAAGCAUCUUGGUACUUGUUAUUGGAGUGUUUACUGUACAAAUUGCUUAUGAAUUGCCCUACAUUACAGCAUGGUUAAAGAGAGGAGGAAUUGAAGCAAAACAAUUCUAACCUGCUGUGAUACCUUGAAGCUAAAUGGUCUAGCAAGUCAUGUGUCAUGACUUUUAACUUAGGCUGUAUUUUAAAACGUAACUUUUUAGAAUGUAUUUUGUUGAUUGCUAUGAUUUUCCAUCUUAACUGUGCUGAAUCGCUUUGUAUGCAUUUACUAAAGGCUCUUGUUAUCAACAGCA